UUCAUUUCAUCCCGGUUUUCACUGCUCCGAGAGAGGAAACCCUAUUUUUCACAAUCUACUUUGGAUUAAAAAACAAAAGCAAAACAUUUAUUUUGGUAUAGUGCACCAAACCGGGUUAUUGGAUCGCGAAAAUGUCAACAACUUUUCCAGGACUGGUGCACGAUGCUGAGAUACGUCACGAUGGAUCAAACAGCUAUCGUUUGAUGCAACUCGGAUGCCUGGAAUCAGUGGCCAACUCGUCUGUCGCUUACUCCUCGUCGUCUCCGCUCACAUACCCCGCUACUGGAACCGAGUUCGCGUCCCCUUACUUUUCAACAAACCAUCAGUAUACGCCGCUGCAUCACCAGUCCUUCCACUAUGAGUUCCAGCACAGUCACCCGGCGGUAAAUCCCGACGCCUACUCCCUGAACUCCCUGCACCACUCUCAGCAGUACUACCAGCAGAUCCACCAUGGGGAACCCGCCGAUUUCAUAAACCUCCACAACGCGCGAGCUCUAAAAUCCUCGUGCCUGGACGAGCAGAGAAGAGAGUUAGGUUGCCUUGAUGCAUACCGCCGGCACGAUCUUUCGCUAAUGAGCCACGGGUCCCAGUAUGGUAUGCACCCAGACCAGAGACUGCUGCCGGCAUCAGGGUUAGGUCUACCGCCACCGGGAGCCGACGAUUUACAGAGUUCGGUGGAAGCGCAGUGCGGACUGGUAUUAAACGGGCAAGGUGGCGUGAUUCGAAGAGGGGGCACGUGCGUGGUCAAUCCGACAGACCUAUUCUGCUCCGUGCCCGGCCGGCUAUCUCUGCUCAGCUCCACCUCCAAAUACAAAGUGACAAUCGCCGAAGUGAAAAGACGCCUCUCGCCGCCGGAAUGCCUCAACGCCUCCCUACUGGGCGGCAUAUUGCGAAGAGCAAAAUCCAAAAAUGGCGGCCGGUGCUUACGGGAGAAACUGGACAGGCUGGGGCUGAAUCUGCCAGCCGGAAGGAGAAAAGCCGCCAACGUCACCCUGCUCACCUCCCUGGUGGAAGGUGAGGCUCUCCACCUGGCCCGGGAUUUCGGCUACACUUGCGAGACGGAGUUCCCCACCAAAGCCGUGGGGGAGCACCUGGCCCGGCAGCACGCCGAGCCCAAGGAGCAGGCGGCACGAAAGAAGAUGGUGUUAGCCACCAAACAAAUCUGCAAAGAAUUUCAAGACUUACUCAGCCAAGACAGGUCGCCUCUCGGGUCUUCGAGACCGACGCCGAUACUUGACCUCGACAUCCAGAGACAUCUAACCCACUUCAGCCUAAUAACUCACGGAUUCGGCACCCCAGCCAUCUGCGCGGCUCUGAGCACCUUUCAGACAGUUCUGAGCGAAAUGCUGAACUACCUGGAGAAGCACACGACGGGAAAGAACACGGGAACGCCGGACUCCGCACAGCUGAACUCCGCCGCAGAGAAGACUGCCCUGCGGAAAACCGGAGAAUCUCAGUCUAAAGACGGGAAGCUGGAGAAGAUGGAAUAACUACACCUUUCCGGGGAAAGCCGUUUGGGAAUGGGGGGCCGCAGGUGUGGGGGGAGGGGGGGGAUUUCAUGCUGCUGAAAAUGUAUAGUUCUGGGAAACAUGGACCAAACUCCUUUUUGGGCAGGGUCGGUUUUAGCAGGAUGGGGGAAGAAGAAAGCCCAGGGUCCCCCAACUAGAACCCCCCCCCCCCCUUCAGCUAUGAGCCCCCAAAACCCCCACACCUCCUCCUGUGUGUACGUGUGAGGAGAAGCACUGCAGCUGGGAGCUGAGCUGGGCUGUGCGUGUGGAGAGGUCACACAGGCACUCAGGCCCAAACACAAUGCCAUCCCUGCAUUACCCUUCCCCUCCCAAAGGGGGCGCUGAAAAUGAACAUAGGCCUGGGAGGGGCUCCACUCCUCUGUUUACUCCUACGUGUUCUGAAAGAAAAAUUCAGCUUUUCCUGUGCUCUGUUCUUUAAAUGAAAGCAAACAGCUGUGCUCAGACCCAGGCAUAAAAGCAACUGCAGUCAUAAUUAUUCAUUUGGAGUGUACUGCUUGGCAACAGGUUAGUCACUGCUUGGCUCAGAACAGGAUGAGCAGUAUUAGGUGGAAUACUGGGUGAAAAAACUGUAAUUAACUCUGAAGAAUUUAUUACUCAUUUAUUUUAUCUAAGUUUUUUGGAAGGAUAUAUUGUCAGAGCCUACUGCCCCCCCCCCUCCCCGACCCCACAACAGCCCCCCCAAACACACAGAUAAGCUAUGGAAGGCAGUGGAGAAUCUCCCAGACCUACAACUCCAUUUCCCACGUCCAUCCCCCCACUUUGCCCCCAUCGUUUUUGUGAUGGGGGGGGAGGGGGGCGCCCCACUCUGAAACUUUGAACCCCCAAACCCUAAAACCGGCCCAGUUACUGGGGUAUUUCACAUCAUGAGAGAGAGUCAUACCUUGAGCAAACAACCUCCUACAGCCACCCGAUUCAUCUGACGUCUCAAACCACUGAGAGUGUCUCAUAUCACAUGACUAAUAAGCAGCAGGAUUAAGGUUUAAAGGCUGUAUGUAGGCUGUGGCUGAAUGUACCGAUCCAGACAGAAGCCGUGGAUGUGCGGACAUGGCAUGACUCUACAGUCCGUCUGAGAAGUGCUCUGUGAAAUACCCUGCAGAAGAACAGACACCUGUAAGCUUGUAAAGAUGUCACUUUUUGCCAUUCCCUACUGUACUUUGUGCAUGUUAAUCUUAUUUGUACACUAUUUAUGAACAGAUAAUCAACUCAAGUUCUACAGCAGAACACUGUCACAUGACCGUUCCAAAACAUCUGUAAAAAUAUGUAUAAAUGACAACUUUUCUUGUAGGUUUAAAAGACAGUAUAUAUGAAUCUUCCUUACCUAAAGCAAAUGCCACUCGUCAAUAAAGCAAGUUGUUCUAA